AUGUCGAAACGCCCCAGUAGACUUCCACCCGAAGUGUCACGCAUAAUUUACGUCAGAAAUCUUCCCUACAAGAUUUCAGCCGAGGAGUUGUAUGAUAUUUUUGGCAAAUAUGGAGCAAUACGUCAGAUAAGGAGAGGGUGUGCUGCAGAAACUAAAGGGACGGCGUUCGUCGUCUAUGAUGAUAUUUAUGAUGCGAAGAAUGCAGUUGAUCAUUUGUCUGGAUUCAAUGUCGCUGGGAGGUAUAUCUUGUUGGUUCUGUACUAUAAUCCAGUGAAAGCACAAAAGAAGCUGGAUGCUCAAAAGGCGCAGGAGGAGCUGAUAGAAAUUCGCAGAAAGCUUGGGUUGAGCACCGAUUAG